AGCGCCCCUAUAAAUAAAAGACCUUCGCGCGCUGCCAACUUGCCAUCGCAUUCCCGCCUGUCCCAAGCUUAGAGUGUUGCGUGACCUGUGACUUGGAGUCACUCGAUCCGUCAAGCUCACAUCGUAGAGGCACAGCGGAAGAGGAGAAUGGCGACGACUACCGUGGAGGACCUUCCCGCCGACGUGCUGGCCUGCGCGCUGCGCCGUCUCGACGGCCGGUCCCUGGCCGCCGCCAGCUGCGCCACCGCGGGCCUCCGGGCGCUCGCCGCCGACCGGGAGACGUGGCGCGCGCUCUGUCUCGCGCGGUGGCCGUCGCUGGCCGCCCGGCCAGACCUCUUCCUCUCCGCUUCUCCCCAGCGGCUCUUCGCCGACGCCUUCCCGUUCCCGUGCGCAGACGGCGCUGUCCCCCUCUCCGGAGCUGAGUCUCAGCAGCAGCUUCCCGGAGAGCUCGUCUCCGCCGUCGACGUGUACCACAGCGGCGCGCCUCUCCUCUCCCGCGUUGUGGGGACCUCCACGUCGUCCUCGUGGUUCCUCACCUCGCCGUUCUGCGUCGACGCCGUGGAGUGCAAGAACCCCGCGCCCGUCGGCCGCACAGUGCCCCCGGCGGAGCUGGAGCUGAGCUGGAUCGUGAUGGACCCCCGCGGCGGCCGCGCGGUGAACGUGUCGAGCCGGCGGCCCGUGGCCGUGGACAGACACUGGUACACGGGAGAGACGCUGGUGCGGUACGCGGUGGUGCUCGGCGGGUGCAAGUUCGAGGCCACCGUCACCUUCUCGGAGGAGACGGGCCACAUCAGGGAGGUCAGCCUUGCCGUCGAGGACGCCGACGGCGCGGCUGUGAGCGGAGAAGGCAGCCUGCGGCUCCUCUUGGCGGCGAUGGCGGGGCCGAGGAAGGGAGGGGAGGAGGAGGUGGAGGCGGCCAAGGGAAGGUACCAGGAGUUCGUGAGGAGCAAGAGGGGCAGAAAGGAGUCCAAGGCCAGGAAGGAGGUGCUCGUCGACCUGUGCUGCUCCGCCGUCAGCGCCGUCGCCGUUCUCAGCUUCAUCGCCGCCGUCGUGCUCCGGUAGAGCUAGUGUUAUCGGUGAUGUACAUAAUUGUGGGAGAGAUUCCAGUGCACUGAGAAUCUGAGAUACUCUAAAUCAGUGAACGGGUUCUUUUCCAUUUGGUUAGUUAGGCACUGAACUUCACGAUACUUGAACAACAAAUCUUCCUAUGAAACAAAAGAGAAACACUACGGAUAUC